CCCUUUCACUGCCUCUCUUUUACCACUUUUCUCACUUCCCCCACACAUUAACAACUAACACCAACUCAAUUACAAUUACUACAACACAAGCGAUCAGAAGAACAACAAGAAGAAGAUAAAAAUAAAAAAACACACGCAAACACAAACCAGACACACAAGACCAUGAUGAAACUGUUACAUCCAUUCCUUGUUUCUGUGUCACAAGAGUUGACCAAACCAACACACAAACAAAAAUAAUACACAAUUCAUUCAUUCUUUCUUUCACUGCCUCUGCCUUCUCUCUCUCUCUCUCUCUCUCUCUCUCUCUCUCUCUCUCUCUCUCUCAUUCUUCUGUGGCAAAGAUUUUGCGGAAAAGAAAAGGUUCUCGUUUUGUCUCAGCCCCCUCUUUCCCGCCACCUUCGUUUCAUUCACCCUUUUCCAUUUUCAUUCAAUUUCUCGCUCUUUUAUUUUCUUCUCUUUUUCUUUUUUUCUUUCCUCUCUCCACUUACCUUCUGAGCCGAUCUAUGCUGCGAACUAAUAUGGGUGUUGCGUGUUGUGGCUGUACUGCGUAGUGGGUAUCUUGAUUCUCCCGGCAAUGAAAGCUUCGGAGAGCAUUUUUUUUCCAGCCAGAAUGUUGUGAGUGGAUUUAGUGUUUAACUUUGAGAUCUGCUGUGCAAAAUCUGUUAGCCAAAAUCCAAUAUUAGAACAGUAAUUUAUUAUAAAUUUGGAGUAAGAUGUCUGGUGAAUCGGCUCCCAAACCCAAACCACGAUUAGUGUUAUGUCCUAAAUGCUGGCAACUUCUUCCAGAGUCUCCAGAUUAUGAUGUGUACAAGUGUGGUGGAUGUGGCACCACUCUUCAAGCUAAGAAACGAAGAAAUGGGGCUGUGAACUCAGAAUCCAACACACAUGAAACUGAUGCAGCUCCUAGAAAUGCAUUGAACAAGGAAUCCAGUACACGUGAAACUGAUGCAUCUGCUGGAAAUGCAUUGAACUCAGAAUCUAGAAUGCGUGAAACUGGUGCAGCUCCUACAAAUGCAUUGGAUCCUAAAACUGAUGAUAAAAAAUACAGCAAUGGAGAGCUGCUAGUUAGUGAUCAGGGGAAUGGUGUGAGGAAAAAAUCAACUAGUUCUUCCUCAGGAGAAUGUUCUUUGGAUGGACAAGAUAAAAGGGAUCAAAUUGAAAAUGGUGAAUGCAAUGGAGAGCAACUAGCCGCUUCUCAGGAUAAAGGUUUCAAGGAAAGAGCAACUAGUUCUUCCUCAGGUGAAUGCUCUUUGAAUGGAAGUGGUGGAAGUGAUCAAAUUGAAGAUGGUGAAUGCAAUGGGGAGCAGCUAGUCACUUCUCAGGAGAAUGGUUUUGAGGAAAAAUCAACUAGUUCUUCCUCAAGAGAAGGUUCUUUGAAUGGAAAUUAUGGAAGGGAGCAAAUUGAAGAUGGUGAAUGCAAUGGAGAGCAGCCACUUAUUUCUUAUGAGAAUGGUUUGAAGGCAAAAGCAGCUAGUUCAUCCCCAGAAGAAUGUUCUUUGAAUGGAAAUGGUGGAAGGGAUCAAAUUGAAGAUGGUGAAUUCACUGGAGAGCUGGCAUGUUUUUCUCAGGAGAAUGGUUUGAGGGAAAAAGCAACUACUUCUUCCUCAGGAGAAUGUUCUUUGAGUGGAAAUGGUGGAAGGGAUCAAAUUGAAAAUGGUGAAUGCAUUGGAGAGCAGCUAGCCACUUCUCUGAGGGCAAAAGAAACUAGUUCUUCCUCAAGAGAAUAUUCUUUGGAUGGAAAUGGUGGAAGGGAUCAAAUUGAAAAUGGUGAAUGCAAUGGAGAACAGAUAGGACAGUUAAAUUUACCAGAGGAAGAACUGGAAAAUGAGAUUGAUAGCCUUAAAUUAUCAGAUAUGAGAAGACAUACAGUGUCCUACAAUCGUUGUUCAGAUGAGGUAACUCACUUUGAGAUUGAGGCCUCAGCAGAAUUGAUGGCAGAGAGUUCAGUAGAAAAUGCAAAGAACACAAACCUUCAACUAGAAGGAGAAGAGCUAAGUAAUGGAAAUGUGCCAUUGGAAGAAGCAGUGGAGCACUUAAUUUGUGCAUUCGAUAAAGAAGAUGGCAAUGAUGAGAAAUUGGCUCCAGUACAGGAAAAGUCUGAAGUGGACAUUGCUGGAAAUGAUAUAGAUGUAGUAGAAGAGUUAAAUAAUGGAAACUCGUUACUAGAAAGAGCGGAAAAAGAUUUAUUUUCUGGAUUGGAUAGAGAAGAAGUCAAUAAUGAUAACUCAGCUCUAGUUGGUGCAAAUCCUAAAGUGGACAUUAAUGGAAGCAAUGAAGCAGGAUCAGAGAAAUUUAAUAACCGAAACUUGUUAUUAGAGGUAACAGAAGAGGAGUUGAAUGAGUGUGCAUUGGAUGGUGGAGAUCGUAAACAUGACCAAUCAGGUCUAGUGGGUGCAAAAUCUGAAAUGGACAAUACCAGAAAUGCAUCUAUUGCCCAAAGGUUAAGUACUGAAGAAGGAAGAAUAUCACAUGCUUACCCUCGUGAACUUGAAAAAGGUACAUCUGGUUAUCAUGCUUCUUUUAAAGCCAUUCACCAUUGCUUUGAUCGUGUAAGAUCUGUUGAUACAUUUGUUAAUGCAGAAGUAAUUAAUCCCGGUUUUGAGACUAGUGGUACACUGGGAGGAUUGUCUAAAUCCUCAACCAUUCAAAGCUAUCAUGCUUAUGAUGGCAGCAUCUCUUCAAACGAUGGGGUGGACGAGCAGUUCCCUAAUCAGUAUGUAGAUUCUCUUGAGAACACUUACACUGUUGCUAAUGGUGUUUCUGAGGGAGGGUCCAGAAAAGGAAAAGGCCUUGUUAAUAGCAUGUUAUGUGGUGAUCUUGAAACACAACACCAAUCAUAUUUUCGUGAGAGAAGGCCUCGUGUUCCAAGAGACAGCAGGAGGAAUCUAAAUGAAGUGCCAGAGACUACAAGACAUGGUCGUGCACAUUGGAUGAGAACAAAGAAAGAUGAGUUUCCAGCCAGAGUGCCUAACCAUCGAAGUGGUUCACUAUCUGGCUAUGAAAGUGGCAGCACGUCAAAUCAAAUGCAUGAUGAGUUAUACUGCAGCUCUAGCUAUCGUUCACCAGACUCUUUUGAUGACCCUGACCAGGAGAAGAUGAAACUGUUGAGAAUGGUUUAUAAAUUGCAGGAACAACUCAACAGAACUUGCUAUCUAAACGGGGAAACAAAUGGAAGACUGUCCAUGGGAAGUCAUGUUUCUGCAUAUCAAAGCCAUGAUCUUCAUGAAAGAAGACUUUAUCAUGGUUUGGAUUAUCCUAGGUGUGAUGAGAUAUGUAGCCAUGGAACCGACUGGUGCCAAAAGCAUAAUUUUCCACAUGUACCUUGUUUAACUGAGCCAACGAGCAGCAUACACCAUGUUGAUCAUUCCUUUUUUCCUUGCUGUCCCCAACAAUGCCAAUGCUCCACAGAGUUGCCUCCAUGUGAUCUUUAUCAGCAUGAAGAGUUAUGCAGGCCUAGUCCAGGUCACAAUUGUUGUUCACCUCACCAUUCCUAUCCCUCAGGUCCACAAUGGCUCAAAAACCUCCCAGCACAUGGCCAUGAAACAAAAUCUUGUGAUCAGAAGCUUAGGCCUGAGGUGAAGAAAUAUUUUUGGGAGAAACCGAGCUUGACUAGGCAACAUUACCGACCGGUAGCAGGUGGAGCACCAUUUGUCACUUGUCAUAAAUGCUUAAAGCUGCUGCAACUGCCUUCUGAUUUCCUCCUUUUCAAAAGGGUAUAUCACCAGCUCAAAUGUGGUGCAUGUCAAGAGGUACUCAAGUUUUCUCUGCAGAACAGAAGUCAUAUAGUCUCGUAUGCACCAAAUGGUCUAAAGCCCCCAUCAUCAAGUAGCCUUGAUGAUCAAAAUGAGGUGAUUGAUGGAAGCAAUCCACAUUCAGAGUCUCAUGCAGACCACAUUUCAUAUUCUGAUGAUUAUGGUCAUUCUGUUGGUAAAAGCUACUCCUCAGAAGGUGAUCCUGUGUCUGCGACACCAUUACAUCCCUUGCAUGGCAGUGCAUAUGAUAAGCAAACUGUCUCUUCUGGCACCUUGGAGCCUAUAACAGAGAAGGACAAAACUGCUUCAAGAAGUCUUAGUACAAGUAAAGCUCCAGUGGAAACAGACGAACAAGCUGUGAACUCCUCCAAUAAUGUGCCAUCAGAAUUGGAGGCACAUUCACAGCCAAAAAGCUCACCACUUCAUCAACUGAUGGGCUAUACCUCGCCGAGUCAAGUGAUAAGAGGGAUUCCGUAAUCUGUUAAAAGGAAAAAAGCACAUACUCAAUUGAGAAAAUGAUUGAGUCAUAACUCAAUGCACUGGCUCAGAUGACAAUUCAGUUUAUUCUAUUUGUGGCGAAUUUAAAGUGAUGUUUGGAAGAUCAAGAAUGGGGGGAAUUCUUUUAUCCAAAUUUGGGAUGUGGUGAUGAUGCAUCUAUACAAAGAAUUAUUGUUUAGUUCUCUUGAACAAGUGCAAUAAGAUUGACUUGUUCUACAUUGUGUAUUAGAAGCGGAUUAGCUCCAGCAUUCAAUUUUUCUGUGCAACAGUUUGGCAGCAGAUGCUGAAAAUACAUUCCUUGUAAAAAUGUGAUUUUGGCGUGUGUAUAUAAGUAAUUAUUGUGUUUAUUUCAA